CACCAUCCCGGAAGUGUCGGAAAGUGAUGGCCGCGGCCUCGUCAUCUUGGCAACAGGAAGAGGAUGUUUUCUCCCACCGAGAAGAGACCAUCAGCUCAUGUUAAACUUCCCUAAGCGACCACUCCGCCGCCGAGUUCACCUGCCGGAGUCGCUCUGGACUCAGACUGCCCACCUCUCCUGUCCUCGCGCGGUUCCCGCGGUGAUCCUUGUGAGCCCCGAAGCGGGCAGCAAGUCGUAGCAGCUAGGAGGCUAACAGGAUGUCGCUCUUCCAGUCGGCGCUCGAUUUUCUCGCCGGGCCCGGCUCGGCCGGAGCGGCUAGCCGGGACCAGAACGAUUUUGUAGGACAGCUCGUUGAGCUGGGCGACAUGAAGCUCCGGAUCAAGAGAGUUAUUGCGGAAGGUGGCUUUGCCUUCGUGUAUGAAGCCCAGGACAUUGGAAGCGGCAAAGAUUAUGCUCUCAAGCGGCUCCUGUCCAACGAGGAUGAGAAGAACAAGGAAAUCAUCCAAGAAGUUUGCUUUAUGAAAAAGUUAUCAGGACACCCCAACGUGGUCCAGUUCUGCUCGGCCGCCUCCAUCAGCAAAGAGGAGUCCGACACCGGCCAAGCCGAGUUCUUGAUCCUCACGGAACUGUGCAGAGGUCAGCUGGUGGACUUCCUGAGGCGAGUGGAGCAGCGGGCUCACGUGUCAUGUGACACAGUGCUGAAAGUCUUCUACCAGACAUGCCGUGCCGUGCAGCACUUGCACAAGCAGAAGCCCCCCAUCAUACACAGAGACCUCAAGAUUGAGAACCUCCUGAUUAGUAACCAAGGCACCAUCAAGUUGUGCGACUUUGGCAGCGCCACCACCGUGUCACAUUACCCCGACUACAGCUGGUCGGCACAGAAGAGGUCCAUGGUGGAGGAUGAGAUCACGCGGAACACCACUCCAGCGUACCGGACCCCGGAAAUGAUCGACCUGUAUUCCAACUUCCCCAUCAACGAGAAACAAGACAUCUGGGCCCUGGGCUGCAUCCUCUACCUGCUGUGCUUCAAGCAGCACCCGUUUGAGGAGGGCGCCAAGCUGCAAAUUGUAAACGGGAAAUACUCCAUCCCGCAGAACGACGCCAAGUACGCCGUGUACCACGACCUCAUACGUUCCAUGUUGAAGGUGCACCCAGAGGAGCGUCUCUCCAUUACCGAGUUGGUCAACCAGCUUCAGGAAAUAGCGGCGGCGCGCAACGUCAAUCCCAAAUCUCCCGUCACAGAGCUGCUGGAGCAGAACGGAGGAUUCGGCAACAACGGAGCCCCGGCGCCCCCGCAGAUCCACAAUGUCCACGGCAAUGCAGGCGUUUAUGAUCCAGACCAGUCGGGCAGCGGCUUCCUGGACAUCCUCAAGGGAGGAACGGAGCGCUUCCUGACCAACAUCAAGGACACCUCCUCCAAGGUCAUCCAAUCGGUAGCCAGCUACGCCAAAGGUGACCUGGACAUAUCCUACAUCACCUCCAGGAUAGCAGUCAUGUCGUUCCCAGCCGAGGGGGUGGAGUCGGCGAUAAAGAACAACAUCGAGGAUGUGCGCCUCUUCUUGGAUUCCCGCCACCCGGGCCACUACGCCGUCUACAACCUCUCCAAGCGCUCCUACAGGCCGUCUCGCUUCCACAACAGGGUUUCCGAGUGCAACUGGCAGGUGCGCCGUUCCCCCAACUUGCGCAGCCUUUACAGCGUUUGCAAGAACAUGCAUCAGUGGCUGAAACAGGACCAGAGGAACAUCUGUGUGGUCCACUGCCUGGACGGCAGAGCGUCGUCGGCCGUGGCCGUGUGCUCCUUCCUGUGCUUCUGCCGCCUUUUCACCACGGCCGAGGCGGCCGUCUACAUGUUCUCCAUGAAGCGGUGCCCGCCCGGCAUCGCCCCCUCGCACAAGAGGUACAUCGAGUACAUGUGUGACAUGAUGGCGGAGGAGCCCAUCAUCCCCCACUGCAAGCCCAUCGUUAUCCACUCCAUCACCAUGACGCCUGUGCCCCUCUUCAACAAGCAGCGCAACGGCUGCAGGCCGUUCUGCGAGGUUUACGUCGGAGACGAGAGGGUCCUCACCACCUCACAGGAGUACGACAGGAUGAAGGAUUUUAAGAUAGAGGAUGGAAGGGCAGAGAUUCCUUUAAAUGUGACGGUCCAAGGAGAUGUACUGGUGGUGAUCUACCACGCCAGGUCCACUCUGGGUGGACGUCUGCAGGCCAAGAUGGCCUCCAUGAAAAUGUUUCAAAUCCAGUUCCACACAGGCUUUGUCCCUCGAAACGCAACCACCGUGAAGUUUGCCAAGUACGACCUGGACGCCUGCGACAUCCAGGAGAAGUACCCAGACUUGUUCCAGGUCAACCUGGACAUCGAAGUGGAGCCCAGGGACAGGCCAAGCACCAAGACGCCACCAUGGGAUGGCUUCCAGACGAAGGGCCUCAAUCCCAAAAUCCUCUUCUCCUCUCGCGACGAGCAGCAGGAGAUCCUCAGCAAGUUUGGUAAACCGGAACUGCCUCGUCAGCCGGGGUCGUCGGCUUUCUAUGACUCCAGUUUGCCACCACAGCCCACAGCGCAUACACUGGAAAACUCUACCGCCAACCAACCGGAGUCUCCCGGGAGCACGGAUACCAAUGCCAACAACUUCUUCCAGACUCUGGAUUGGGAAGAUGUCGGCAACCCUCAGAAUGCCUCUGAUAAUCAAGCAGGAGGAUCCAUGAAUGACCAGGAAGAUGGAAGCGAUCAGUCAGAAGCAGAGUCCUACUCUUACUCUGCCCCCAGUGGGGAGCCUCUGUCACGGGACACCAGCGAACCCCUGUUUGAUGCCGACUUCCAGACCCCGGCCACUGCAGCCGAGGACUCUCCCGCUAACGACACAGCCGAUCUCUUAGGUUUGAACUCUGACCCCUCCUCAGCUGGCCAUGCGGGCGCCCAGGUGGGCCUGAAAGCCUCCUCCAGCCACAGCGACCUUCUCAAUGACCUGUUUGCACCCUCUGCUGGACACAGCGUGGCAGCGCAGGAAGACUUGUUCUUCAGCGGGCAAGCCGGGGGGUCGAAACCCAUGAGCGACCCGUUUGAUCCAUUCGGCAUGGGCUCCAGCUCCGGCGUGGGCUCCAGCGUGGGCUCAUCUCGUCAGGCCUCCGGUCCGGACCUGUUUGGGGACUUGUUGGGCUCGGAUGGUUCGGCCGGCAGCGGGUUCAGCUCUGCCCAGAGUAACCCUGCCCCCGCUUCCAACGCCAGCCUGUUUGACCUCAAUAAGUUAGAGAAUGAUGCUCCUAAGAUGACGUCGUCCGCCAGCCACCCUGACCUCCUGGGGGGAUGGGACAGCUGGACAGCGAGCACGUCCACCGGCAUGAGCGCCGCUAGUGCCAACAGGCCCGCCUACACCAGCGCAGCUUCCACUAUGUCGUCAAUGUCAAAGGCCAAAUCUCAGACCUUCGAUCCUUUUGCCGACUUGGGAAACCUGAGUUCCAAAUUACCAAAUUCAACCAACAGUAAUAUGUCCGGGCCGUCGUUUGGCACAAAAGCAGCCUCCACUACCUCCUCCUCUUCAUCAUCUUCUUCUUCUGCUAAGCCUCAGUCCUGGCAGCCCGGUAGAGGCCCCUCGAGUCAGAACAAGCCUUGGCAGUCCGGAUCUGGGUCUGCAUCCAAGUCAUCAUCUGCCCCUCAGCCUCCCAGCGCGCAGACGGCCAAGCCCAACUACAACCUCAACUUCUCCAGCGUCAUCGGAGGCCGGGAGGAGCGAGGCGUGCGAGCUCCGGGAUUCGGCCCCAAGCCAAAGGUAAAGGAGGAUGAUUUUGGGGACUUGCUGUCCACUCAGGGUUUUUCCUCCAAGUUCGACAGAAAAGGGCCAAGGACCAUCGCCGAAAUGAGGAGGGAGGAGAUAACAAAAGAAAUGGAUCCCCUAAAAUUACAGCUUCUGGAUUGGAUCGAGGGAAAGGAGAGGAACAUCAGAGCGCUGCUGUCCACCCUGCACACCGUGCUGUGGGAGGGCGAGACUCGCUGGAAGCCUGUGGGUAUGGCCGACCUGGUGACGCCCGACCAAGUGAAAAAGUUCUACAGGAAGGCCGUUCUGGUGGUCCAUCCCGACAAGGCGACGGGCCAGCCUUACGAGCAGUACGCUAAGAUGAUCUUCAUGGAACUGAACGACGCCUGGUCAGAGUUUGAGAACCAGGGAUCGAAAGCGCUCUUUUAAGGUAAUAUCGCUGCUGGUCUGGGUCCAGCUCGAUCCAGACCAGACCAGACUAAGCUGGACUGGAUUUGGCCUUCCGAACAAAGAUUUAUCCUGGGCCAGAUUGGACUGGACUGAGCCCACAUUGGGCCUUCUUGUUUUUGAGAGGUGUCCUCUCUCUGACCACUCCCUCCUUGAGUGUCGUCUCCUUCUGCAGUCUGGAAACGACGGUUUGCCUCCUGGCUGGUAGAACCAGUCCAAACCUCAAGUGGUCACUCAAACUCACUGCCUGCUUCACCACAGGAGGGACAACCAUGUGAGCCGACAACACACUUCCAAAAAAAAUCAUGAUGGACUAUAAACAAAAAACCGUAUGACGCUAACAACCGAUAUGUGUUUGUGCCUGUGAGUAUUGCAAGGAAGCCGUUUAGCUAACUGCUGGGGGAAAAAACAACAAAGUAUGUAGAAGACGUGAAAAACAUUCGUGUUGUUUUACACAAUGGAGAAAAUGUAGCUGAUAAACUUUGGAAAGUAGUGACAGCCAAACUGGACAAGAAUACUCACUGUACUGCUUCACCAUGACACAAACACAAUCAUGUGCACGUUACAGGUUCAGUAUAAACGCAAACAGGAACUCUCUCUCUCUCAAAAGUGCUCUUUUUUUGUUGUUUUUUGUAGCUUCAGUGUUCCAGGCACUCGUGCUAUGCUAUGUUGCUAACUGCACGCACCGCAAUGACGGACGGCGAUCUUGUACUCGUGCUGCCUUCCUGGUGGCUGGGAAGUCAGGCAUUUCUCCUCUCCUACUUGGGAAAGUCUUUCUCUCCUCCCAAACAACUGCAGUGCCCAUGAAAAGACAUGCAUAAACAAUAUGCAUCUGUAUUUAUGAGUUCUACUUUAAGACGCUAUUCAACACAAGUGGUUAUAUCACCAUGUAGUUUAUUUUCCAAUAAAAAAGUAUUGUAAAAAAACACAGACUAUCACGCUCAUCAGCCAUGUUUUUUGUUUGUUUGUACAUCGUAACCACCAAGCAAGAAAAUUUCUGACUUCCCAGUAGCCUUGAAUGCCACGUAAGCGUCGUGCUAGGCUGUGUUGCUAACUGUGUGCACUCCAACAUCGAAGCUCUUGAGGAAGGGAGAGCAUACAGUCAGACUCAUGCCGUGCUAUGUGGCUAACUACACGCACCCUACAAGAAGGCUACAGAAAAGUUGUGGAUCAACAUGCAUCCUAAAAAUAGAUCCCUUAAUGAUGGAGGGAGACUAAGGUUGUUCCUGUGCAAUGCAGCUGACUACAUGCACCAUUAACAAUGAGACUCUUAAUAACGGAGGGAGAGCAUACAGUAACCAAAUGCGUCUUAACAAUAAGGCUCUUGAUGGAGGGAGAGCAUACAGUAGUAACUACAUGUAUCCUAACAAUGAUGCUCUUAGUGAUGGAGGGAGAGCAUAGAGUAGUAACUACAUGUAUCCUAACAAUGAUGCUCUUAGUGAUGGGGGGAGAGCAUAGAGUAGUAACUACAUGUAUCCUAACAAUGAUGCUCUUAGUGAUGGAGGGAGAGCAUACAGUAAGGUUGUUGAACCACAUGCACCUUUGCAAUGAAGUUAAUCCUGACGGAUGGAGCGCAAACAGCGCAUGCUCACCAACAAUGAGUCUCGAUUUCACAACGUAGGGAGUGCAUACAGUUAGUGUGACGCUAUGUAGCCAACUGGAUGCACCUCCAGGAUUAGGUUAUUAGUGAUGCAUGGGUCUCGGAAUGGAGCGCAUACAGUUGGCUAAGUGGCGUUGUACAAUACUGGCCCUUGGUUUGAUGGACAGCUGUCAAACAAUCCUGCUGAGCGCGUCGUUACGAGCACAUCAAAGGAAAAAACAAGAAACCAGAGGAGGGGGGAAAAGAACAGGGUGAUUGAAUGUGGUCUUUGGUGUCCUGUGUGUGUGUGCGUGUUUGUUUGUUUUGUCUCAGCAAUCAUUGUAAAUAUCAAACAUCCAUCAAGUGACUUUGUGCGGAUGACAGCCUAGCCGUUUGAGUGGCACGUGUGUGUGUGUGUAUUUUGUAAGAAUAACAUCACUCUGAAUGACUGCUUUUAUUUCACCUUUUACCUCAUGGACCAAUCCAAUCACUUGCUUUCUUAUUUAUUGUUAUUUUUGUGGGGGGGGGAGGGAGGGCUGAUAAUGACCUCUGUUCAUGCGUGAUAAAAGCUUUCCUACAUUAGAUAUUCUAAUAUAUAGAAUGUGUGAGCGCGACAGCUGAUCACGAGCCUCGUUGAUUUCAUUCCAAAGUAUCAGUUCUGAAUAUGAAUGUUCCUUUACUAAUAUUAUAUUAUAACCUGCUCUUCUUGUUAUACAUCGUUAUUAUUUCUCCACCUUGUCUUCUCUCUUUGUUUUUUUUGUUUUUUUUACUUCCAUUGUUGUUUUUUGACUACUGUGUUAAAUUCCAACACAAAUGUGGGGCCAAGUAAGUCUGUUUUAAGUUAAGUUGAAGUUUCAUGACAAGCAUAAGGACAGAGUACAUAAUAGCACACAUCAGCAGUGUUUUACUGUACCAAAUCAAUUAUGUCCUACUAAUAUCAUGAAUUUAGAUUUCAAAGCAAAAAAACCCACAAGAAAUGAUUAAAAUAUGUUUGAUCCAAGGGACAUAUUGCGUAUUUCCACUUGUUUUUUUUGUUUUGUUUGGUUUUUAGAAAACAAUAUGUCUAUGAAAUAAUACAGGGGUGUCGAUACUGCAGCCUGGGGACCAUUUGUGGCCCAAGACUGUUUUUUUUUUUUUAUUAUUUUAUUUUUAUUGGCCCGCAGCACAUUCUAAAAAUCUUAUUUUACAAUAAAACUUUUUUUUUUUAAAGAAAAGCAACAGCAGCAGAAAUGAAAGAUUAAAGUCAAAAUAUUAGGAGAAAAAAAAUGGUAAUUUUAAGUAAAUAAUAUUAUGAUGGAAAAUAACAUCAUUUUAGUAGCAUAAAGUUGAAGUAUGAGAAACAAAACAACAAAUAAUGUCAUUUUUGGAAAAUUAGUUUGCGGAAUAAGUUAUAAUGCUACAAGAAUAAAGUAAAAAUAUUAUGUGAAUAAGGUCAGAAUUACGAGAAGAACAUUUAGUUGAAGUUGAAAUAGUUGGAUUUAAAAAAAAAACUGAAAUGAAAAAAACAGCUGUAAUUGUUUGUCCAAUUGUUUUUGAAGUUUCAUUUUAACAAGAACAAAAAGUGGUCAUUUUAUGAGAAUAAAGUGAUAACAUUAUGAGGAAAAAUACUGUUAUUUUAGUGGCACAGAGUUGAAAUAUUAAAGAAAAAAUACCUACCAUACAAGAGUAUGGUAGGUUUAAAGAUUCCGGGAGAGCUCCAUCACAUCAAGAGGAGUUUUUUCUUGAAAUAUGUAUAACUUCUUAGCAUAUGUACAUGUUUUGCUUUACAAAACAGUAAAGUGGCCCUUGUAUCCUCUCAUUUCGCCCUCAACAGAAAAAUGUUGGGCACCCCGGUAUAUUAUAUAUACAGUAAUCCCUCGUUUAUUGUGGGUAAUUGGUCCCAGACCCAACGAUGAUUUGUGAAUUUCUGCAAAGUAGGAUUCAUUAUUUCUGAGUUGAAUAUUUUCGUAGGUAGAGCAUAGGAAACCUGUUUAUGACCUUGUAAAAUACGGGUUUUAACAUUAUUAGAGCCCUCUAAACACGAAAUAACACCCCUGUAGUCACCUUCACACUCAUUUCACAUGUAGUGAUCCGUGUAGAAUACUACAUAUCACCCAAAUUUUUGAAAAUGCUUAAUUUAGGCUCAAAGUACGUAAAACUUGCUUAAAUAUGCGACUAAUAGGUCGAUGAUUGAUUCAUUUAUUUGUGAAAAACCUGUGAUAGGGUGAAGCCACAAAAUUUGAAGCGCAAACUGGCGAAGGAUUACUGUAAUAUUAAUCCAUUAAAAUACUCCAUACUAUGUGAUCUGAUGAAUUGUAAUACAUUGAAAUGAAACUUCAAUGUCAUGGAGACAAAACACAAACUUCAUGAUGAGUUGGCAGCUUUAUUUCAAAGGGUAAACCAUCUGAAGAAAAAUCACAAUCCCAUCAAAUAUGUUGCUUUGUUCAGCCAAACAUCUUGCCUGCGGAAAAUAAAACCCAAGCACGUCACAUGGUCCAUACAAAAAUUAGAAAAAGAAAAAAACAGAACUGGAAUAAAAUAUUGCUAAGAAUGUGUCCUCGUACUCGAGUUGGCAAGAAAAGGAUGCUGUCCAAGUUUCUGGGUCCUAGUACCCUAACUAAAGCCAUGUUUCCACUGAGCGGUCUAAUUCAGUUUGGUUCAUACUUAUCAGGCGGCAAUUCAACGGCACCUCAAUGAACAUAAGUUGAAAAGCAGGAUACCACAGGUCGCCUAUUUUAGGAUCCUUUAAAAAACAAAAAACAUACAGAAUCAUUCUGCUUAUUUGAAACCAAGCGUAGAUGUUCCUCUCCAGACAAAGCAGAGUAGACCCAAAGUCUCUGUGCUUUUACUCUUGUGAAAGCUGACAUCAAGAGAAAAGACGUUAACGUGUGAGAUGUAAGCAAUGAUAUUAUCUUAGGCGUCGGUGGAGUCUCGUCUCUUCAUCAGCUGCUCAUGACCUGCUUAACAAGCCACAAUAUGGUUCCACUUGGGUCUUUGCCCGAGGCUGUUUGGGUGUACAGAAAUGGGAGGGUUAGGUGUCUGGACAUGAACCAACACCGGAAAGGCACUCUGAAAUGUGGAUGUCCCUUCAAUUUCCUGUUGUAAACCCCGAAUAUGAAGAAUGGAUGCCAUCUGGUUUCCUCCUGCCGGGACAGUCUGUCUUCAAGUUGACUAAUUGACCAUGUCGUAU